AUGGCCUCGAACUUUCAGAAGCGACAAGACCACCCUCAUGCUCAAGUGACCACACCAUCCCACCGUGCAACUCAUGGCUGUUCGCCAAAGCAUGCUGAAAAACACAGGAGAAAACCACGCUUUUCGGGCCCGCUUUCAGUCUGGGCUGUCAAUAUCUCGACUCGGACGUACCACCCUCAAAAAGGGCAGGUGGCGGCUGAGUUAAUUGCGUGCGGUAAGAAGUUUUACAGCUUGCGUGGAUCUCAUCACUGCUAUUGCAAAGGCAAAGCCUUUGUAGUGCAGGACGACGUGAAAGUGAAGCGCAACAUCGACAGCCGUGUGAUGAUAGAUGCGGCUUUUUUUCGCCGGAUGAAACCGAAUUAUCAGCAGCCGAUAAUUGACGCGACUCGGAAUACCAGGGCAUUAGAUUCAUCUGCUCAUAUGAUGCAAGGGUUCGAGAAAGUUUCAUUUCUGGACCUAUUUCCUGACAUCAACCCUCGAGAUCACGGGCGGGAUCGUGAACAUAGACCUGUCUUUAAUACAUCAGAGGCAAUAGCAACCUCCAUUAGUGGUUCUUCUGGUGCCCAUCCUGGAGAACAUUGCGAUCACCUGCCCACACAGACGGUUACUGUGUCGAAUGAAGUUUUGGCGGAUGACGAGUAUCUGAUCUGUUCACCGACUGUCCCUGGUUUCUGCUUGACCGAUAAAUCCUGGGGUGAAUUUGCCGUCAUGGAUGUCAAAGAUAUAGCGUGGUCCAGUUCGCUUUUCGACCGGCUCGAUAUUCAGUCGGAAUAUAAAGAGCUCAUCAUGGCAUCGGCAAUGACUCGCCUCGGCAUCAUAAAGGGUCCGCGAUUCGACGAUUUGGUCCCUGGAAAGGGAAGGGGGUUGUCCGUGAUGCUUCAUGUGCUGGAGGAACAAUUGCAGAGAAUCUUCGCAACCGCCAAACACUGGAAUGCUCUCCUCUUGCUUGACGAAGCGGAUGUGUUUCUCGAAACUCGGACCGAGAAGAACCAUUUUAUGAACGACAUCGUCGCUGUCUUCCUUCGCAUGUUAGAAUGGUUUGAAGGGGUGAUGUUCCUCACCACCAAUAGAGCCUCAAACUUUGACCCUGCGAUUCUGAGUCGUAUUCAUAUCGUUGUUGAGUAUCCAGGGUUGAAGCAAGAUCAGCGGAUAGGGACCUGGAAAAGCUCACUUGAUCGAGCUCGAACCGCCCAAGGUCCAUCACGCCUGAGCGAUGACGAGGUGGCUGAGCUAGCCAAAUUAGAAUUUAAUGGUCGACAGAUCAACAAUAUUGUAGCCGCGGGUCAUGCGCUAGCAGCGGUCAAAGCAGACCAGCUGCAAUACCACCACGUUCGGAGGGCAGUGCAAAUGAGUCAGAAAUUCAUAAAUCAGGUCAAUGGGACAGAACAAGUCAAUAGCUAUUUCAAUUGA